CUCUCCUCACAAAAAUGUCGACACCCUCUCCUAAUUCCUCUUCUCCUGCAUCAUCGGCUCAUCGCUUCCCAAUUUCACAUCCCUCUUUUAUAUGUGUGCGCGUCUCUCUCUGUUCUGUUCAAUUCAACUCUCUGUCUCUCACUGUGCCUAACUGAUCAAUAUCAUCAAAUUCGAGAUUCGUGCAGUUCAAUCACUUUAGACAAUUACAUAAAUACACCCCCCCCUCUCCAAAUCCCCAUGUCAUUCCUUCAGGAUCUUUGGCUCUUCCUCGCCCCUCCGGAUUUCCCACACAAACUCUCAGACUCCUUCUUACAGUCCAUGGCCACCUCCGCCUGCGACGCCGCCGAGUCGGAUUCCUGCCGGGACGACGCGGAGGCGCUCAAUCUCAAGUUCGUCGCCAUCGCUUCCAUUCUCCUCGCCGGAGUGAUCGGAAUUGCCAUUCCUCUGGUCGGGAAGAACCGGAGCGUUCUCCGCACGGACGGCAGCCUCUUCGUCGGAGCGAAAGCCUUCGCCGCCGGAGUCAUUCUCGCCACCGGAUUCGUGCACAUGCUCUCCGGCGGUUCCGACGCGCUUAACAGCCCGUGCCUGCCGGAGUUUCCAUGGUCGAAGUUCCCCUUCUCUGGAUUCUUCGCCAUGAUGGCAUCGCUUGCCACCUUGCUCGUUGACUUCGUGGGCACCCAGUACUACGAGCGCAAACAGGGCCUGGCCCGGCCCACCGAGGACCAAGUUCGAGUCGGGUCGGACGACUCGAGACCGGGUCUCGAGUCGGGUAUUGUCUCGGCCCAAAAGGAAUCGAAUGGCACGAUUUUUGGGGAAGAGGAAGGCGGUCGUGGGAUGCACAUUGUGGGAAUGCAUGCCCACGCGGCGCACCAUCGACACAGCCACCCUCAGGACGCAUGUGACGGGCACGUGACCGAACCGGGUCAUGUGGAUUCGGGUCACGCCCACGGGCAUGGCCAUUCCCACGGCUUCGGUGAUGAUGACGAGGAUACUGGUGUCCGCCACGUCGUCGUUUCACAGAUUUUGGAACUUGGGAUUGUAUCACAUUCUGUGAUCAUUGGGUUGUCACUGGGAGUGUCACAGAGCCCAUGUACCAUAAGGCCCUUAGUUGCAGCACUGUCCUUCCAUCAGUUCUUUGAAGGUUUUGCACUUGGAGGCUGCAUAUCACAAGCCCAAUUCAGGAACCGAUCUGCAGCGAUAAUGGCUUGUUUUUUCGCCAUAACAACUCCACUAGGUAUUGGUGUUGGGAUCGCAAUUUCUUCAUCCUACAACCCGAACAGUGCAGGAGCUCUGGUCACUGAAGGCAUCUUGGAUUCCAUGUCUGCUGGUAUUCUGGUCUACAUGGCCUUGGUGGACCUAAUUGCUGCUGACUUUCUGAGCAAGAGGAUGAGCUGCAAUUUUCGGCUUCAAAUUCUGUCUUAUUGCUUGCUAUUUCUUGGAGCUGGGUCGAUGUCUUUGCUUGCAAUUUGGGCUUAGGUUGCUCAUUCUUUUAGUUAAUGUUCUUUUUUGGGGUGUUUAAGCUUUUAGUGAUGCAAGUGUGAAUUCAAUUCUUUCGGCUUGGUUCUUCCUAAGAGGGAAAUUGAGUGGAGCAAUUAAGGGACUAGAUGUUGUAGAAUAGUAGGACUCUUUAGCGUGUAAUGCAAUCCUCUCAUAUAGUAUAUUGUGAAAUCAUCGCCAGCUC